CCAUAACAGAAGAUCAGCAAUCCCACCCUGCAAAGAGCACCCAAGACAACGAGGCAAUAGCUACCAGACGUCCGAACUAAUUCCAACGAAAGAUCGAAGAAAUGGCAGCCUGCAAACCCAGGGCCUUGGCGGCGCUGUUCGUGGCGCUGAACCUCCUGGUGGUGUCCGGCGUGGUCCGCGGGCAGACGCCGUCGAGCCGCGGGAACCCGUGCCCGACGAACGCGCUGGCGGACUUAAAGGUGUGCGGGGACGUGCUGGUGCUGCUGAAGCUGAAGAUCAACGUGCCGGCGAACCAGCAGUGCUGCCCGCUGAUCGGGCAGCUGGUGAAGCUGGACGUGGCCGCCUGCCUCUGCGCCGCCAUCAAGCUCAGCGUCCUCGGCAUCCCCAUCAACCUGCCGCUCGACGUCCCGCUCGUCCUCAACUACUGCGGCCGGAACGCCUCCGCCGCAGGGGCCAACUGCUCCUGAUCGAUCAUUUCACGUCCCAAUCAACUCUUUACAUAUAUGCACCGAAGAAGAAGCUAGUCGUCGCAUGGGCAUGUAUCUGCGGAUCGAUGCUUUAAUGGCUUCAGGUUAUAUGCUCAAAAUGUUGGAGAUAGUCGACGAGCAUCUCAAAAGGAAAGGGAAGUCAUAUAGUCGAUCGUUGUUGUCGAAGUGUUGCGUCGUAUGUUUGGAUUAUUUGAAUAAUAAACGUUAAUUCCUUCGAUUUGUCAA